GCUGCUGGCUUCAUUCUCCCGCAUAUGUGACUAGUCCAAAAGAGAAGCGACUGUUAAGGUGGUUAAGCGGCAGAACAUAUCGGGGUUUAGUGCCGCGGUGAAAUGGCUGGACAGCAGUUUCAGUACGACGACAGUGGCAACACUUUUUUCUAUUUCCUCACGUCAUUUGUGGGACUAAUAGUCAUCCCAGCCACCUAUUACCUCUGGCCCCGGGAUCAGAAUGCGGAGCAAUUACGGUUGAAGAGUUUACGAAGAGUUCAUGGAAGAUGUCUGUGGUAUCGCCUUCGGCUUAUGAAAUCACAGCAGAGCAUUGUUCCAACACUUAAAAAAGCAGCCCUGUUGUUUGGGUGGGCAGUAUUUCUUUUACUGGCCUAUAAGGUGUCUAAAUUAGAUCGUGAGUACCAGGAAUAUAACCCGUAUGAGGUCCUCAGCCUGGACUCAGGAGCAUCUGUUGCUGAGAUUAAGAAGCAAUACAGAGUGCUGUCUCUAAAACACCAUCCUGAUAAAGGUGGAGAUGAGGCCAUGUUCAUGAAGCUUGCUAAAGCUUACUCAGCUUUGACUAAUGAGGAAUCCCGGAAAAAUUGGGAGACUUAUGGCAACCCUGAUGGCCCAAGAGUGACAAGUUUUGGAAUUGCUCUUCCUGCAUGGAUCGUUGACCAGAAAAACUCAAUGCUGGUGCUGUUGGUCUAUGGAUUGGCUUUUAUGGUCAUUCUUCCUGUGGUUGUGGGCACAUGGUGGUAUCGCUCCAUCCGUUACAGUGGUGAUCAGAUCCUGAUCAACACAACACAGCUUUUCAUGCACUUUAUGUACAAAACACCUACAAUGAACAUGAAACGUUUGGUGAUGGUGUUAACAGCAGCAUUUGAGUUUGAUCCUCGUAGUAACAAAGAGGCCAUUAUAAGACCAACAGACAACAUUGAAGUUCCCCAGUUGAUUCGGGAACUGGGGAACAUUAAUGUUAAGAAGAAGGAGCCUCCGUUCUGCUACCCCUACAGCCUGAAGGCUCGAGUCUUAUUACUUGCACACCUUGCCAGGAUGGAGGUUUCUGAGAACGUAGAUGAAGAUCAAAGGUUUGUGGAGAAGAAGUGUCCUGCUUUACUUCAGGAAAUGAUCAAUGUUGGCUGUCAACUCACCAUGAUGGCAACCAGUAGAGGAGGUCUUCGAGCUCCCAGGCUGACUUCCAUAGAGAACUGCAUGAAGCUUUCUCAGAUGGUGGUUCAGGGACUGCAGGAGGCCAAGUCACCUCUACUGCAGCUGCCCCAUUUUGAAGAGGAACACCUCAGAUACUGCAUCUCUAAGAAGUAUAAGGUGCGGACGCUGCAGGAUCUGGUCAGUCUGAAGGAUUCUGACAGGAGAAACAUGCUGAGAUUCCUUGGGGAGGAUAAGUAUGAUGAGGUCUUGGCAGUCUUGGGGAGCUUCCCAUACAUCAACAUGGAAACCAAACUUCAAGUGCUGGAUGAUGAAGAUAGCAAUAACAUCACAGCUGGAUCCAUUGUCACAGUUACAGUUACCUUGACAAGGAAGAGAAUGUCUGAGAUGUUUGAGAAAGAGGAACCACCGCAGCCAACAGAGGAAACUAAUACAGAGGAGCAAGGUGAUACCAAAAACAAAACAAAACAAGUCUGGCAAAACAAGAAUAAAGGAGCUAAAAAAGCCGGCAAGUCCAAAAAGAAGAAACUGACUAAAAAGAAACCAGUCACCCAACAGCAAACAAAGGGAGACAAGGCUAAACAGGCCAAUGGAAAUGUGGCAGGAAAUGAAGUUGUUGCUCUUUCAAAAGAGGAAGAGGACGAGCUCUCUGAUAAAGGCAGCGAAUCGGAUGAAGGAGAGGGAAAUAAGGACUCACCCAGUGAGAGAGAUGACGAGAGUGACAAGCAGAGUGACACGGAGGUGGACGAGAUUGCUGGAGAUGAUGAGGAGGAAUGGGAGGCCCUGCAACAAAGUAUUCAGCGCCGUGAGAGGGCACUUUUGGAGACCAAGUCAAAGGUCACACACCCUGUGUACAGCCUGUACUUCCCUGAAGAGAAGCAUGAAUGGUGGUGGCUCUACAUCGCAGAUAGGAAGGAACAGACACUGGUGUCUAUGCCUAACCAUGUGUGCACACUCAGAGACACAGACGAGGUUGAACUGAAAUUCCCCGCUCCAUCCAAAACCGGAAACUAUCAGUAUUCUGUGAUUCUCAGAUCAGAUUCAUACAUGGGAUUAGAUCAGGUCAAGCCGUUGAAGUUGGAGGUUCAUGAGGCGAAGGCCAUGUUGGAUAACCAUCCACAGUGGGACAUCCCAGAAACUGAGGAAGAGGAGGAUGACCAGGAGGACAGUGAUGGUAUUGAGGAGUCUGAGGAAGAUGAUGAAGACAACGACUAAACGCAACCAAUCAAUUCAUACAAACUUAAACACAACUCACAUGCCCGUGUGCCCACUCAUGUUCUCACACACACACACACACACACACACACACACACACACAUAGCCCCUGACAUCUGCUAUCUUCAGAGCCAUUACAAGAACAUGUUCCUGUUUCAAACAGUCAUCAAUCACAAAUCUGGCCAAACCUCUUAUUUUGCCAAUCAUAAGACUUGAGAAACUGUUGGUUAUCUUUCCCUGCAUUCAUCCAGCCAUUAUCGUGGGCUGCUUGAAUGGUUAUUGGUUGGGUCCAGCUGUGUGUCAGAUUUCUCUCUGCUUAAUGAAAGAUGUCUGACCAACCAAUGUGUCAAAAAAAUAAAAACUAGACUACUGCUAAAAAAAAUCUCACACCUCAUGACUGUCAUUUCCCAAAGUUGCAGUGUAUUAUAAUUUUGUAGUUUUAUGUAUUUUAUUAGAAUGCAGAUUUACCAGCUGUUCCCACUUUGACGUGGCCAUGUGAAGCGUAAUCUAGAGCAAGCAUGAACCACAAGGACACGUGUAUGCAUAUUGAGGUUGUAAUUCGGGGGAACCACUGUGGGUUGCAUUUCAAUUUGACUCCAUGGUCAUGAAGUCUGGAAGUAAAGUGCUGUACGUUUAUAAAUCUAUUUUGCCUUCUUCAAACUUUUCAUCAACAAUGCAGGUUGUUUCAGCCUCACAAAGAAAUAAUAACUGCAGACGUUCCACAGCCAGGUCUACAGUUUAGUCCUGAUUUAAUGCCUAAUGUUGCUAGAACUGCUAUCUGCUCUUCCACACAUAAGCAGGUUGAUAUCAGGAGGCUUUCUUGGCAUUUUUCUUCAAAAUUAUGAACCGCCUUUAAGACAAUUUAUAUUUUUCCAACAACCCCCCCCCCCCUUUCUGUAUUUAUUUGAGUGACAUUUUCCACUGGAACAGGAAAAUCCCCCUGUUACAAAGACACAGUGCCUAUUCCUAUUGAUUAGACUAAUUCAUUCAUUGGCCAGAGAAUUACAUUUUUUUUGUACUUAUUUUUUUUUAUAACUUUAGAACAAAUGUUUCUAUGAUGUUUCCAUGGAUCCCUGGAUCUAAAUGCCUCAGUCAUAGCUCAUAGUUUAUUUAUUUUUAUUUAUUUUUUGGUCUUACAUUCCACUCAACAAAUAUGAAUGCCUUGUUCACUGUUCAGAUGUUUUUACUGGCCACAAAUAAGGUCCCAUCAUCUAUUGCAGAUCGUUUGUGAUACAGAAGCACCAAUAUGAGUGCAGGGAAUAACUAAGGGUCAGUGUUUAUUUCUGUAAGUUUUUCUUAAUUUUCUUUUUGUUGGGGGUGGGAAGUGUGGCAACAAGGAUCGAAAAGAAGUAUAGAAUUUGGCUUUUAUGUGGAUGUAUUUUAAUCCCCAUUCAAAUAUAUUUUCACUUGUGUAAGGUGUGACAGAGUAUUGAAUGCACUGAUGUAGUGGUUGUGAAAAGACUGUCUGCUCUGUUCUUUUGUCAAACAUUGGGAGAGGUUAAGCCAACUGAGAUGCAAUUAUUUGAAAUGUGUUUCAAAUGUAAUCUCUCUAUUCACUGUUGAUUUGCGUUUUUAUUUCUAUCAUGAAUUUAUCAGAAGAAUUGAGAUUUUCUCAUUUGUUCCCAAUAGCUAAUGUAUAUGUUUUAGAAUUAUUUUUGGACACCUGCAGAUAUUUAGUAGGAAAUUCUUUUAAUCAUUUCCCCCAUAUUUCUUUCAUUUACAUAGUGCAAUCUUUAUUACAGAGGAAAUUUGUAUUCUGACUGCAUGUAACACAUUCAAAACCAAUUUUAUAAAAUGAUAAAGGUUUUACAGAUAAAUAGACAUUUUAGUAUUAUAGCUCCAACAAAGAAUGUAGCCUCAGAAUUCAUGUUGUGUACUGAAUGCAGUGAUUCAAGUGUACAGAUUAUGAGAAAUCAAGUCUUCACAAACACACAGGCAGAGACUCACUGGCCAAAAGGAUUUUGCCUAAGAAACAGUGUCUGCCACUUUUGUUUACAAGAAAACUGUCAUUGUAAAUUGAAAAUAUAUAUUAUUUGUAUUUAAAUAAUUUCAAAUAAAAUAACUUUUAAAUGACUUUCUUUUUGGUAACCUUAAAACACAUAGAUUUGGGGUUAUUUUUUUACCCUGACACUUUUGAUAAACAAAUAAAACAGGGUUUAUAAGA